AUGUCUUUUAACCGCAUCGCUAUUUAUGGACACCGUGGCUGGGCUAGUUCGGCUAUCACUAACGCCUUGAUAGCUUCGCAUGCGCUAGUCAAGGUGCUAUAUCGGCCGGGUUCUGAUGCAUCCAGUUUACCGUCAAGCGUACCUAGGGUUGAGGUCGACUUAGACAAUCAGAAGCAAUUAAUUGAUGCUCUGCAAGACAUCGAUAUUGUCAUCUCUCUAGCUGGUCGAGAAGCCGUGUUGAAACAGCACGCUUUCAUCAAGGCGAUCCCAAGCACCAAUGUUAAACUGUUCGUUCCGUCGGAUCUUGCGUUCCGUAAUUAUGCGGAAUCGGCUUUACGGGUUCCCGUCCUAAAGGCCAAGUUCGAGGUUGAAGAGGCAGCUAAGGAAGCCAAGAUACCGAUUACACUGGUAUAUGUAGGAUCUUUUGCCGAAUCAGCGCUUUCAAUUGGAAUUUUGGGAGUUGAUGUUCCCGGGAACCGAGUCAUCUUCUCAGGGGAUAGUGCUAACCAGCAAGCCAACAUAUGCACGAGGAAUUAUGUGGCCGCGGCAUACGCAUCCAUCUUCGCCACUACACCCUUGGAGCAAUUGCAGGACAGGGCAAUCGGUCUUUCAGAGCUGAGGGCUACAGGGAAGGAAAUUGCUGCUGUCUUGAAGAAGAAACACGGCGCAGAACCGCAGAUAUUCAGACACAGUUCGGAGAAGAUUGACAACGAGCUUGAUAAGGCGAUAAAAUCAGGUAGUCCUAUGGCUUUAUCGUGGUACUGCCGAAAGGCUUGGGGAGAAGGGUUAAUAGUGAAAGGGGUUAAUGAUUUAUGGGAAGUCGAGGGUUACAGGAAAGCCACUCUCGAGGACUUGCUUCUUGGAGGGAAAUUGGAACCCUACCGAGACGUAGGUCCAGAGAUGUCCAAGGUUUUUGAUUCCAUAUUUCAUUAG